AGGUAAGUUACCUGAUCCACUAAACGCGCCUCGCUACUUCUUACGUAUCUAUAUCUAUCGACGCGUAAAUUGCCUGCUAGUCUAGCUAGUGGUCAGUGGUCACAUAUCGCAAAUCAUUUUUACUCAGUAAUCGCCUAUCCCAUCAUCAAUAUCGCAGGAGCGCGUUCGCUAUGGAAGACGAAUGGACGCAAAACGCGAAUGAAGCCCUCACGAUCUCGCUCGUGAGGCCCUCCGCUUCGUCAAUUGAGAAGGUCUCAUCUUUCAACCCCAGGUUCACUUACCCCAUAUUCGGCGAAGAGGAGCGCAUUUUCGGAUACAAGGGCUUGAAAGUCAACCUUCAAUAUGACGCUAGAAAUCUUCGGCCACAUCUCUCUAUCUCUUCAUCUAAAAAGUUCAACUCGGUUGGCGAGGUGGAGGCCGUCAAUGUCAGAGAUGUCAUGAAGGAGUUUCUCCCAGGAGUUGCAUUCCAGACACGGUCCGAAUAUGAGAAAGCUCUGAAGGAUGUGCAGGACACGUGGGCCCCUCCUGGUACUCUUGUCAAGACGACCGAGAAGAACGGGGAAACUUACGAGAUAUGGCGAGGAACUCUGGCUGACCCAGCUGUCAAGCAACUCAUUCGGCGUGUCCAGAUUACAGUUCUAUUUUUUAUCGAAGGUGGUUCUUACAUUGGAAUAGACGCCGAUGGCAAUGAUGACCCCGAAUAUUCGCUCGCGAGGUGGACUGUCUUCCUCGUAUAUAAGAAGCAGGCAUCAUCUGAUGCUGCAGAGAAACAUGAAUAUAUCUUCCAAGGCUUCUCUACAGUGUACGAUUUCUGGAUGUACCAACUACCUCUACCACCCAGCAGCACGCGUGAGACGACGGCGCCGAUACAACCAAGACGUGACGACUCCUGGGAGCUUCCUCAGGGUGAUCUAGAUCUCGCCAACCUCCCCCGCCGCGCCCGAAUCUCGCAGUUCAUCAUUUUGCCUCCUUACCAAGGCAAAGGUAUCGGCGCUCUUCUUUACGACACCAUUUUUGACUUGUACAUGGCGGAUGAGUCUACGAAGGAGAUCACCGUUGAGGACCCAAACGAAGAUUUCGACUUGCUGCGGGAUAUAUGCGACCUCAAAUAUCUGCGAAAAAAUGUCGCAGAAUUUACAGCCUUAAAAGUGAAUAGCAACAUAUCUAUUCCAGAGAAGGGUGGGCUCCUUCAUAACAAUACACAAAUAACAUCAAACGAUUCUGCGGGUUCCUCUGCGGAUGGUAUUGUAGAUGUGACUAAGUUAGAAGAGAUCCGUCUCAAAGCAAAGAUGGCGCCUCGGCAGUUCUGGCGCCUAGUGGAGAUGCACCUGAUGUCGACACUCCCAGCUUCCGUACAACCACAGGCUGAUGCUGAAUCUACGCGGCCUUUGCCAUCCAAAACGGACCAGAAGAUGUACUCCCUCUGGCGGUUGUUACUUAAGCAACGUAUUUACCGUCGAAAUGUCCUCCUUCUGAGCGAACUUGAGACGACAGAGCGUAUUAUUAAGCUCAAUGAAACCGUUAACAACGUGGAAUGGGAGUACGCUAGGAUUCUUGAGCGGGUGCAACCCAGAUCUGUUGCUACUAAUGGAAAGCGGAAAUCAGAUGGAGAAACGGACAGUGAGGAGAUCCCAUAUAACAAAAAGGCCCGUGUCGAUGAUGCUUGAAAGAUCGCUGGAAUGUAUAAUAGGUGGGCGAUGGAGUUUUGGCGUUACAGAUGUUGAUACCUGCAUUACAUUUGAUUUUCACACAAAGUCUGCGGGAAAGAGAAUCAAUCCGGCUGUGUAUCUUCUCAUUGCAUGACAUUACAGUAUGGCUGCGCUUGGGAUACGUCAAUACACAUAAACGGGCAUGUUUCUAACGUAGUAGCUUCUGGGCAGCACGGCACAACUUAGGGGUCCCUAGGGAUGAGCACAAUGAUUUGCGCAAUCGCAUGGUUUAUUCCAAGUAUUAAAUAAAUCAUGGA